GCAAAAGAAAAGCAUAUUUAUACAUGCUUGGAUUCCUCUAUCUUUCUCUCUUCCUCUAAUUAUAUAUCUUAAGCAAAACUAUUAAAAGAAACAAACCCAAAUUAAAGAUUCAUCAAGAUCCUAUCCUUCUCUCUUUUUUCAUUCUUUUCUUCAUCCCCACAAUUAGCCACUUUUAAAAACACAAACAUUCCCCUUCUUCUACCUCUACAACUUCUCCUCUAACAAAAAAAGGGUUCUCAAGAAUCCAAGGUAUAUAUCUAUUGAUGUGGUUCUUUUCUUUCUUUGCUAUUAAAUUGUUAUGGAUACCUUGUUUAGACUAGUUAGUCUUCAACAAUCUGAUCAAUCGUUCAAUAACUCUACUAGCAGAACUUCUAGCAGCUCUAGAUCCUCUAGACAGAAUACCCAUCAUCACUACCAACAAGAAGACGAAGAAUGCUUCAACUUUUUCAUGGAUGAAGAAGACUUCUCUUCUUCUUCUUCUAGACACUACUUUCCUUAUCACCAUCAACACCAUCCUACUCCUACUCCUACUCCUACUCCUACUCCUACAACUCAACCCCUCGAAUCGCCGGAUUUCUCUUUCUCCCCUUCUCAUGAUCUCAACUUUGAAUUUUCCGGCAAGUGGGCAUCCGAUGUUCUCCUCGAAACUGCUCGUGCCAUAGCGGAUAAGAAUAGCGCGCGCGUUCAACAACUUAUGUGGAUGCUUAAUGAACUUGGCUCACCUUAUGGAGAUAUUGAUUCAAAACUUGCUUCUUAUUUUCUUCAAGCUUUGUUUAGCCGGAUGACUGACUCUGGCGAAAGAUGUUACCGUACUCUAGCUUCUGCAUCGGAUAAAACAUGCUCUUUUGAGUCUACGAGAAAAAUGGUAUUGAAAUAUCAAGAGGUGAGUCCUUGGACUACUUUCGGUCACGUUUCUUGUAAUGGUGCACUUAUGGAAGCUUUGGAAGGAGAAAGUAAAUUGCAUAUUAUUGAUAUUAGUAACACUUAUUGCACUCAAUGGCCUACGUUGCUAGAAGCCCUAGCAACUCGCACUGAUGAAACACCACAUUUAAGGCUAACAACCAUAGUCGCAACCAAAACUGGCGCGGCAGGCGGUGGUGGUGGUAAUGGUGGCUUAGCUUCUGUCCAGAAGGUAAUGAAAGAAAUUGGAAAUAGAAUGGAAAAAUUUGCAAGAUUAAUGGGUGUCCCAUUUAAAUUUAAUUUCAUACACCAUUUUGGCGAUUUAUGUGACCUAAAUUUAUCGGAAUUGGAUAUUAAAGAAGAUGAAGCUUUAGCUAUAAACUGUGUAGGGUCUUUACAUUCAGUUACUUCAGUUGGUAACCGUAGAGAUUAUAUCAUAUCAAGUUUUAGAAGAUUACAACCAAGAAUUAUUACUAUUGUUGAAGAAGAAGCUGAUCUUGAUGUGGGUAUUGAUGGAUUAGAGUUUGUAAGGGGUUUUCAAGAAUGUUUAAGAUGGUUUAGGGUUUAUUUUGAGUCAUUAGAAGAAACUUUUUCAAGAACAAGUAAUGAAAGGUUGAUGUUAGAGAGAGUUGCUGGACGUGCUAUAGUUGACUUGGUUGCAUGUGCACCGUCCGAUUCAAUUGAACGGCGUGAAACGGCCACGCGCUGGUCUUCACGCUUGCAUGCAUGUGGGUUUAGUCCUGUUUCGUUUAGUGAUGAAGUAUGUGAUGAUGUACGCGCUCUGUUGCGAAGGUAUAAAGAAGGUUGGUCAAUGACACAGUGUAACGACGCCGGAAUAUUCCUAUGCUGGAAGGAUCAACCGGUAGUGUGGGCUAGUGCGUGGAGGCCUUGAUUGAUUGGUGAUGUUUUUUCUUUUGAAUUUAUUUUUUUAUAUUUUUCUUUUUUUAAAAUCAAAGUUUGCUGUAGUGAUCGGCACGUGUGAUGUGUUUUUUUGGCACGUGCUGGUAUGUCUUUGUUGGGGGUGAGAGGUGCAUGAUGAUAGGGAGGGGAAAAAAGCUAAGUGAUUGUUUUGACUUGAAUAGGAAUGAAUAUCCAAGUAAAUUAAUUUUCAUUAAUAUUUUGUUCAA